CCUUUGCGAAACCCUCUUCUGCCCUUUUGCCCUUCUUUUCUUCUCUCACCCCGCUGCCCCUUCGCUCUUCCUCUUUUCUAUUCCUCUUUCAAAUCUCCCUUCCUCCCCCUCUACCCGCCAAAACAAAUCCCUCCUCCUCUUCUCCCCAGCGGUCAAGAAGCCCCUCUUCCCUUUAAUCAUUCGCAAACCCUAGCCGGCUACUCAAAGAUCUCAUCUUUGAUUCGUUCUGGCUCUUGCCAUCUCCUCGGAAUAUUCUUUUCCUUGGAAAAUCAAAGGCUGUUCAUUGAGUUCUCUCGGCGGAUUGAAUUCAGAUUGGUUUGUUUCCAGGAUAGUGAAGUGAUUUCAUCUUCAUGGCCAACCAUGAUUUGAUUCUUGGACCCAGUCCGGAUUUGGCCUUGGGCAAUGGCCAUAGACUGGUUCUCGGCCAGAGCCACGGGUUGGGCGUGGGGCACGGCCAUGGUCUGGGUCUUGGGCAUAGCCCCGACCACGAGCUCGGCCAUGGCCACGCCCAUAAUCUUGGACUUGGGCAUCACCAUGACAGUAGGCUAUUUCUUGGCUACCAUCAUCCCCAUGAUGAGGAUCAUGGCCAUGGCCACAGCAGUGAUCUUGUUCUGGGAAAGAACCAUGACCCUGAUCCAGGAAACCUUGCCGCACAGAACCAUGAACUGGAACUGUCGGAUGACCAUGAAAUGGCCCUUGUUGCAACCCAUGGUGGUCUCGAUGGUAACCAAGGAUUUGAGCAGCUGGCCAUCGAUCAGAGCCCGGAGCUCGCGCUCCCACCCAGCCAUGAUAUGCUGCAAGCUCCUUUGGCAGCUACUUCCAUCCUUCAGACGCGGAAGCUCGUUGUUAGCCCUGAGCAUCAGCUGACCGUUGGCCAGGAUUUCCCUGAUGUGAAGAGCUGCCGGAGGGCUCUGCGCGAUGCAGCCAUUGCUUGCCAUUUCGAGAUACAGACGGUGAAGUCCGACAAGACCCGUUUCACUGCCAGGUGUGCGAGUGAAGGGUGCCCGUGGCGUGUCCAUGCUGCGAAGCUCCCUGGUGUGCCCACUUUCACAAUCAGAACGAUCAAUGACGUGCACUCAUGCAGUGGGAUCACCCAUCUUGGCCACCAGCAGGCCUCUGUGCAGUGGGUCGCAAACUCUGUGGAGGAGCGGCUUCGUGAGAACCCACAUUAUAAGCCCAAGGAAAUUUUGGAAGACAUCCAUCGGGUGCACGGCAUUACUUUGUCCUACAAGCAAGCAUGGAGGGGGAAGGAAAGGAUUAUGGCUGCUGUUCGUGGGUCAUUUGAGGAGGGCUACCGUCUCUUACCACAGUACUGUGAGCAAGUUAAAAGGACGAACCCAGGAAGUAUUGCAUCGGUGUAUAGAAAUGAUAUUGACAAUUGCUUUAAACACCUUUUCAUCUCUUAUUAUGCUUCAAUAUAUGGUUUUGUCAAUGCUUGCCGUCCACUGAUUGGACUUGAUAGGGCUGUUUUGAAGAGUAAAUAUCUAGGGACGUUGCUUCUUGCCACUGGGUUUGAUGGUGAUGGUGCCAUCUUUCCUCUAGCAUUUGCAGUUGUUGAUGAAGAAAACGAUGAUAAUUGGAUUUGGUUCUUGUCUGAACUGCAUAACCUGCUCGAGACUCAUACUGAGAACAUGCCAAGGCUCACAAUCUUGUCUGAUAGACAGAAAGGUAUUGUAGAUGGAGUGGAUCUCAACUUUCCCACUGCGUUUCAUGGAUUCUGCAUGCGUCACCUUACUGAUAGUUUCCGCAAGGAGUUCAGCAAUACCAUGCUCGUCAAUCACUUCUGGGAAGCUGCCCAAGCUCUUACUCCUUUUGAAUUUGAAGCUAAAAUGAUGGAGAUCGAAGCAUUAUCACAGGAGGCUGCAUAUUGGAUAAGAAACAUCCCUCCUCGCCUUUGGGCAACAUCUUCCUUUGAGGGGUCUCGAUAUGGACAGCUGACAGCAAACAUAGUGGAAUCACUGAAUAAUUGGAUACCUGAAACUUCUGGGCUCUCAAUAAUUCAGAUAAUGGAGUGCAUCCGGCGGCAGCUGAUGACUUGGUUUAAUGAGAGGCGUGAGAUGAGCAUGCAAUGGACAACGACCCUUGUGCCCUCUGCUGAGCGGCGUCUGCUAGAUGCUGUAGAACAUGCUCAGAGUUAUCAAGUAGUGCGAUCAGAUGAGGCUGAGUUUAAUGUCAUUUCUCCUCAUGAAGGAGCAGUUAUUGUGGAUAUUCGCAAUCGUUGUUGUAUGUGUCGUGGAUGGCAACUCUACAGUUUGCCUUGCGUACAUGGUGUAGCAGCUCUCCACUCUUGCCGACAGAAUGUUAGCAGGUUUGCUGAGAACUAUUUCACUGUUGCAACUUAUAGGAAGACCUAUUCGCAGACUAUACAUCCAAUUCCAGAUAAGAGCCUGUGGAAGGAGUUGUCUGAGGGAGUUCAAAAUGGAGGGGAUAGAAUUGAAAUAGUUAUAAAUCCACCAAAGUCCCUUAGGCCCCCAGGGAGGCCAAGAAAGAAGAGAGUUCGGGCAGAGGACCGUGGGCGAGUGAAGCGAGUUGUGCAUUGUAGCCGGUGCAAUCAAACAGGACAUUUUAGAACAACAUGUGCAGCACCAAUAUAACAGGUUCAAUUUCUUCUUGGCGACAUUUUGAUGGCCGUAGUCUUAUGAAAAGUCACAUCUGUUCAUUUCAUGUGCAUUACAGCUAAUUAAUUGAUGGUAGAUUUUCUUUUCUUUUUCUGGGCUUUGUCUAUUGGGGGUGAACCAUUGAAUUUUACCUUUCCUUUGUAAUGCUUCUUAUUUUAAUAAUUUUAGGAACAUCAGUAUCCAAUCAAUCUGUUCAGUUUGUCAUUAUACAGUGAAGAAAGAUGUUAACUUUUCCA